CCAAACUACUCGAUUUCCACGCGUAUGUAACGAUGACGUCAAAAUAAAUUACUCAUCACCAAUUUAUUAACGACUCAUUCAUUGUCUUCCAAUUUAAAAGUGCACUACUUACCAUCCAUUCCCCCCUACGUUCCAAGCAAAUCGAUUUUACAAACCAAAUGGGAAAACCCGGAGAUGCGCCGGCGCCGUCGCCACCACCAAACCACCAACAACGCUCCACACUGAAUAAACCUCAAGACUUAUAUCCUGAUGAAGAUGAGCCACAGCAGUUUCCUCCGCCGCAUCGCCACCCUCACUCUUUUCCUCCGCCUCAUGACGACGAGGAUGAUUACGCUACUCCAGUAAAUGCACACGCUUUUCCUCCUACUCACGACAGCGAUUUCACUUCUCCUCCGGUGAAACCACAAGCCUUUCCUCCGCCUCAAACUCAUUUUCAGCAACAGCAACAAUUUCAGCCGGGACAAAACUUUGCUGCUCCACCAGUACACGGUAGUGUACCGGUCGGGCAUCCGGCAAUGCAAGGUUCUCCGUUUAACCGGCCGGCUACUCAGAUUGCAGUACCUACUACUCCCAAUGGUUGGAGUAGUGACUUGUUUGAUUGCAUGAAUGAUCCUCAAAAUGCUCUCAUCACUGCGUGCUUCCCCUGCGUAACAUUUGGACAGAUUGCAGAAAUAAUUGAUUCUGGACAUACCUCAUGUGGGACGAGUGGAAUGAUGUAUGGGGUAAUUGCGUUUUGCAUAGCAAUUCCAUGCAUAAUGUCGUGCACUUAUCGAACCAAGUUGAGGAGUAAAUUUGGGCUAAUUGAAACUCCGGCGCCAGAUUGGGUAGUUCACUGCUUUUGCGAAUGGUGUGCUCUUUGUCAAGAAUAUAGAGAGCUCAAGGAUAAAGGCUAUGACCCCGCUAUUGGGUGGCUGGGAAAUGUGGCGGCUCAGCAGCAGAAGCAACAGCAGUUUCCUAUGGCAGCUCCAAUGGGGCAAAGAAUGGUUUGAUUUCUAUAUUUCUAUCAUAAAUUAUUUAUGUAAUAAUUGAAAGUCAAAUAUGUGUUUGUUUAAUUUCUAUAUUUGAUGUUUAUCCUUUGCAAAUUAAUGAUUUCAUGUGGCUUUAAAUUAAAUUGCUAUAACUGAGAGAGUGAGGAUUUCCUAUUGUAAUAAAUUGUGAAAUUUUAAAUGUUU